UUUGCCUGCCGGAGGUCGAUCUUAGAAAGAACCGGCACUGGGAGGCCAAGGAAAAGAGGCGAGUCAAGGACGUCUUCGUAGCGGAGCUACUGACAUUCGGACGGCCACGCUGAGCUUGUUUGGCGUCUAAACGACUCGGACAGUUCAGUCAUGUUCGCCUACGCGGUGAGGCGCGCCCUGCGCAAGAAUAAGACCCUUCGCUACGGAGUUCCCAUGUUGUUGCUGAUUGUUGGAGGUUCUUUUGGUCUUCGUGAGUUUUCUCAAAUUCGUUAUGAUGCUGUGAAGAUUAAAAUUGAUCCUGAGUUAGAAAAAAAGCUGAAAAUGAAUAAAGUGUCAUUGGAAUCAGAAUACGAGAAAAUAAAGGAUUCCACCUUUGAUGACUGGAAAAAUGUUCGAGGACCCAGGCCUUGGGAAGAUCCUGAUCUCCUCCAAGGACGAAAUCCAGAAAUCCUUAAGACUAAUAAGACAACUUGACCAUGUUGAUUCUGUUUUUACUUUUUAAAUUUUAAAUAAAAAUGUUAUCAACUGGAAUUCCAACCAUAUACUCCUAUCCAAUGGAGAGAAAAUUCCAGACCUGCAGAAGCCUAGAUAUGAGUAAUUUGAUAAGUACUCUUGAUAAAAAGUCAAGUACAGGUUUGUAUAAGGCCCAACUCUUCCAUAUGCAAAUGAAAGUAACAAUGUUGACCAUAUAUAUUUUACUACUCAAUAAACAUGUGAAUAUUGCUACUUAAA